GCAAAAACUGCUUCGUAUUUCCUCUCUCGUUUGGGGUUUGCCUUUGUGCUGAGUUCUGCGUCUUCGGCUAAAAGCUUGAGUUUUGACCCGAUUCGAACAUCGUCGUCAUCAAUGGCUCAUCUCCCCAGGGUUCUUAUGGUGGCGGAGAAGCCCAGCAUUGCUCUCUCCAUAGCUUCAGUUCUCUCUCAUGGACAGAUGUCCACAAGGAGAGGCAGUACAGAGGUGCAUGAAUUUGAUGGGAUAUUUCGAGGCUUCAAAGCACAUUACAGAGUAACAUCUGUCAUCGGGCAUGUUUUCAGUGUAGAUUUCCCAGAAAAAUAUCAGAAUUGGGCAACAAUUGAUCCACAAGAUCUUUUCGACGCUCCAAUUCAUAAAAAAGAGUCAAACCCAAAGGCUCAUAUUUGUAGGCAUUUAAGUAAUGAAGCUCGUGGUUGCAGUUAUAUGGUAUUGUGGUUGGAUUGCGAUCUUAUCGAGUGCACUGGCUUUGACAUGAAAGAUAGUAAGAGAAAGGUUUAUCGGGCACGAUUUUCUUCUGUUACUGAAAAAGAUAUAUCAAAGGCCAUGGACAACCUUGUUGAACCAAACAGGGAUGAAGCACUAGCAGUAGAUGCUCGCCAAGAGAUAGAUCUAAAAGUUGGUGUAGCAUUCUCGCGAUUUCAAACAAGUUAUUUCCAAGGCAAAUAUCAGAAUCUAGACUGCAGAGUUAUCUCUUAUGGACCAUGCCAGACUCCUACUCUUGGAUUUUGUGUGCAACGAUACAUGCAGAUUAAUACUUUCAAGCCAGAAAAGUUUUGGUCUUUGCGACCUCAUAUAAUGAAGGAUGGUUAUGAGCUUCAACUAGAGUGGGAUAGACGUAGAUUGUUCGACCUGGAAGCUGCUAUUGUGUUUCAAAAGUUGGUUGUGGAAGGCAGAACUGCAAAAGUUAUUGACGUAUCAGAAAAGCAGGAAGUCAAAGGUCGACCAGCUGGUCUUAACACCGUGAAUCUACUAAAGAUUGCUUCAAGUGCUCUAGGAUUUGGGCCUCAGACGGCUAUGCAUCUUGCCGAGCGAUUGUAUACUCAAGGCUUCAUCAGCUAUCCGCGCACGGAAAGCACAGCCUAUCCUUCUUCAUUCGACUUCACAGACACACUCAGAGCGCAAGUUAGUAAUCCGGUAUGGGGUGGUUUCGUACAGAGACUUAUCUCAGACGGCUUUCAGAAGCCAAAGUCAGGAACCGAUGCUGGAGACCAUCCUCCUAUCACCCCAAUGCGAGCAGCAACCGAGGUCAUGGUCGGAGGAGAUGCUUGGCGACUCUAUCAGUAUGUCUGUCAACAUUUUAUUGGCACCGUCUCACCUAACUGCAAAUACAUAAGGACUAAAGUGGAAUUAUCAAUUGGUGGAGAAACUUUCCAUUGUACGGGGCAGCGUGUGACAGAAAAGGGGUUUACAGCUAUAAUGCCAUGGUCUGCAGUGGACGAGAAAAAACUCCCUUCUUUUCUCAAAGGAGAGAAGAUUGAAGCUUUAAGAGUGGAGCUGUACGAGGGUAACACUGCGCCUCCGGACUUUCUUACUGAGAGUGAGCUGAUAUCUUUAAUGGAGAAGCAUGGCAUAGGCACAGAUGCAUCAAUACCUGUGCAUAUAAACAACAUUGGUGAACGUAAUUAUGUUCAGGUCCAAUCUGGGAGGAAAUUGGUUCCAACGGCACUAGGAAUCACGCUGAUAAGAGGCUAUCAAUGUAUUGAUCCAGACCUUUGCUUACCAGACAUCCGGAGCUUUAUCGAGCAACAAAUCACACUUGUUGCCAAGGGCCAAGCUGAUCAUUCACACGUUGUGCAACAUGUGAUUCAGCAAUUCCGGCGUAAAUUCAGUUAUUUUGUUCAACAGAUCGAACACAUGGAUGCCCUUUUUGAAGCACAGUUCUCUCCUCUGGCUGAUUCUGGUCGCGCUUUAAGCAAAUGUGGAAAAUGCUUGCGUUACAUGAAACACAUCACAGCAGUUCCACCUCGUCUUUUCUGUGGCACAUGCGAAGAAGUUUAUUAUCUUCCACAAAAAGGCACAGUCAAGCUGUACAAGGAACUCACGUGUCCUUUAGACAACUUUGAGCUCGUGAUCUAUUCAGUUCCAGGAUCCGAGGGGAAGUCAUUUCCACUCUGUCCAUACUGCUACAACUCUCCUCCAUUCGAAGGCAUAGACACACUCUUUGGAGCCACUAAGACGGCAGAUGCUUCUGCCAAAAACAAAACCGGUUCAGGCAUGCCGUGUUCUCUCUGUCCUCAUCCCACAUGCCCACACUCUCUGAGAAACCAAGGAGUCUGCGCUUGCCCAGAGUGUGAAGGCACACUCGUCUUGGACCCGGUGAGCUUCCCCAAGUGGAAACUCAACUGCAACUUGUGUAGCUGCAUCGUUUUGCUCCCGGAAGGUGCUCACCGCAUCGCCACCACUAGUAACCGCUGUCCCGAUUGCGAUUCAGCCAUCAUAGAGAUCGACUUCAACAAGAAAACCACUCCUCUAGAGAACGGAGCCACUCUGCAUCAAGGAUGCGUUCUCUGUGAUGAGUUGCUUCUCUCACUGGUUGAAGUGAAACAUGGGAGGUCCUUUGUGAGGCGUGGAGGAAGGGGAAGGGGACGAGGGAGAGGCAGAGGCAGAGGAGGGAGAAGAGGCUCAAAAGGUGUCGACCCAAAGAUGAGGAAGAGCAACGAAUUAAUUAAAAUGGAGAAAGCAGUCCACUCAUCGACGACGUCUGGACCGGAGGUUCCAGGGGAUGCAACGAAAACCGGCACCUCCAUAAUCGACACAGCCACCUCCGCCGUCCAAAGUUUUGCUCCGCUGUUCAUGACUUUGCCUGAUGAAGAGAAGAAGCUUUGGCACACGCACGAGUGGGAAGUGAAAGGAGGGUUCCUGUUCAUGCCUGGUGUUCCUGGUCCCAUUCAGCGUCAAGACCUUGACAAAGUCGCAAAGACGUAUGGCAAAGUUUUCCAUUUUUGGCAAGUUGACAUGGGGCAUGAGCUUCCCAUUGGCUUACCUAAUGUCAUGAUGGCCGUAACACGCGAUGGCCAGCUUUUCCACGAGAUGAUUCAGGAGGCAGAGAAGAGGUUUGGAGUAUCGAUAGAGGGAGAGAGAGAGGCAAGGGCGUAUAUGACCGGGCCCGAGCUCGGGAUCCAUCCAUUGGCGAAUGGAGGAGGCAAAGGGCUUAAACUUGAGGUGCGAGAGGUCGAUAUCUAAGCCGGUUUAGUCUGUCGAUAGAGUCUUUCUCCGAGUUUUACUUUAAGACUUUUCAGUCAAAUAACUCACAAAUCAACAAGCAACGUAUGUUUUUUUGUUAAACACAAAAGGUACAGAACUAGAAAACAAGACACUUGACUUUGCUCUGGUUUGGUUUCUUUGUGGAUCUUAUUUAUAAGAAGAGUAACAAAAUAAGAAAAAGAUGAUUACAGGUUUAAGAUUGAUG